CUUCUGUCUGAAGGAAGAAGGGCAAGUUGCGGGGGCAUAGUUUGCUGUUUUAUUUAAAUAGGAUGUACACCGUCUAUACCGUGAUAGGCUAGACUACACUUCUGAAGUGUGAAUCGCUGUGUGUAACAGGAUCUACAUACACUCGGCGAUGGACUGGGGAUGGCCUUAAUGGUUACAGAAUUUUGACGAAACAAACAGGAGGGGUCUCGUGUGUGAAUACGACCAUCGAAAGAAACAAGACGACAAAAAAUCCCCCCAAAUAUAAUGCAAUCAACGGAACUGUGAAGUGCGUUUGGCGACUGUUGAUGUGUAUUACAAACGAAGUCUUACGAAUUACGUGUUGAAUUGUGAUGUCUCUAGCUGACAAAGAUCGAAGGGGCGGGGCUCCACCGUCCGGUGCCUAUCACCCCGUGGACAGUACGGACCGUGACCCCGAACCCUCGCUGUACUCCAGCGUGGAGGGGGGUGGGGAUCACGAGGUGGCGAUCCCCAGCUCGGAGUAUGCCAAGAUCCAGGAGGUGGAAGAGGGGGGAUCGGACCGCCCAGCGAAGGCCUUCUCCCUGUGUGAGAUACCUCGAGAGAAGAAGAUCCUCCUCCUGAUGAUGGCCGUCUGUAACUUCUGUGCUGCCGCCAACUUCUCCAUCCUCGGACCUUUCUUCCCAGGAGAGGCGGCAAGGAAGGGCACGAGUUUAACCCUUGUUGGUCUGAUUUUUGGCAUCUUUGAGCUGGUUUCCUUUCUAGCAUCUCCGAUCUUUGGAAAUUACAUGACAAAAAUUGGCACCAAAUUCCUGUUUGUUUCUGGUGUGCUUGUAAGUGGAAUUUGUACAAUUUUGUUUGGGGUCCUGUACUACUGCCCCGGGGGGUACAGGUUUAUCCUCCUGUGUUUCUUGUGUCGAACUUUGGAAGCUCUGGCAUCUGCAGCCUUUGUCACCUCCAGCUAUGCCAUUCUUGCUGAUGCAUUUCCAAAGUACAUUGCCACUGUAGUGGGCUACCUUGAGUUGUUUACAGGGGUAGGGAUGAUGGUAGGGCCAGCUAUUGGUGGAGGACUGUACUCAUUGAGUGGCUACAGUCUCCCGUUCUAUGUGCUGGGCUGUGUUUUAGUAGCAGCAGGGAUCAUCAGCUUCUUCAUCAUGCCCAAACUUGACAGUGUCCAUCGCACUCUGUCCAUAUCUGUCCUCCACCUGCUGAAGAGUCCACUAGUGUGGUUUGUGGCUGGUUGCAUCAUAAGUGGGUCCUACAGCAUCAGUUACCUGGAGGCAACCUUAGCGGGUCACCUAUACAAACUGGGAAUUGGGACAGUGUCUGUGAGUCUGAUGUUCCUUAUUCCACCAGCUCUCUACGCGAUCACCUCCCCGGUGUGGGGCUGGGUCUCGGACUCAAAGAACUACGUGGUUUCCCUGGUGACGGCAGGUGCCCUCCUGACCUCCAUUUUUUUCUUCACCCUGGGGCCUUCACCCUUGUUUUCAUUCCUUCCUUUCUCCCUAUGGCUGGUGUCACUGUCCCUGGUGGGGGUCGGGAUUUUCCUCAGCUGUCUUCUGAUUCCCAGCUUCACCGCAAUCCUUGUGGGAGCAGAGCGGCUAGGAAUGGAAGAUAACCUGGAUACAUUUGGAAUUGUAUCUGGAUUCUUCAACUCAUGUUAUUCACUAGGAGCCUUCAUGGGCCCGAUCUCAGGGAGUGCCCUGCUGGAGGUUGCUGGGUUUGGCUGGGGGUCAACUCUAUGUUCUGGUCUGCUCCUCCUGACGGGAUUGGUACUUCUAGUCUUUAUGACAGUAUGUAGAAUGCAUCUAACAGAAGUAAAGCCUCUACUGCACAGACAGCGGAAAUUCUCCUUCAGGCAUGGCAGAAGAUCAGCAGACAUUGAGAUGGAGAGUGGAUUUGUGGACAGGGAGGAGAAUGGGGCGUUAUAGUACAAGUAAGAAUAUACAUAACAGCCCAGCCAGGAAAGGAUAGUGAUCCUGGAGAAUACUCAGGCAAGCAAAACGGAUAGUGUAAUCAUAGAGAAAGGACAGUGUAUUUAUACAGAAACUAUAGUGUUAUUAUACAGAAAGGAUAGUGUUAUUAUACAGAAAGGAUAGUGUUAUUAUACAGAAAGGAUAGUGUAAUAAUACAGAAAUACAGAAGGAAUAGUGUAAUUAUACAGAAACUAUAGUGUUAUAUUAUACAGAAAGGAUAGUAGAUGAGGAUAGCUGAAGGAUAGUGAAGAAGAACCAUGACCUGAACGAUCAUGAGUGAGGAUAGCUGAAGGAUAUUGUCAAUAUAGAGAAAGGAUACUAAGGAUAGUAGGUGAUGAUAACUGCGAAGCAGAUGGGAUAGUUCACAAUGAUAGUUUGAUUGCGAGAAAUAAUUAAUGGAGAACAGAUGUAUGAAAAUUUUGAGUUCCUAGUAAUUCAUUGAUAUUCAUUGUGAAAUUCAGAAAAAGCCAUUUUGAGUUAACAAAGCAUGAUAGUACUCUGUUUAUAAACAUAUUAAAUUUUCAAUCUAAGUAGCUGCUUAUUGCCUCAUAAAAUUCUUUUUUUUCUAUCAAAGAAAAAUUCAAUCAUUUCAUACCCAUGCAUACUCGUAAUGAUAUAUGAUAUCAUGCUUACCAAAUCUGUGAAAACUUUUGUUGCAUUUUACAUUUAUAUUACAGUAGCAUUUUUAUCUAUUAAAUAAAAGCCCAAUAUCUUUUGAAAGCUGAUGUGUUCGAUUUUCAAUGUCUGUGGAAGCAUUUUAAAUUGAAAUGUCUUCACAAUCUAAACUUAAAUCCUAUUGUACUUAUAAAGAAUGCUGAACAAACUUUUUAAAAUGCUUAAAGAAUAUUCAAUAGCUAAUAUUUGUCUUUCCAACAUAAAUCUGUUCUUAUUCAUAAAGGACAAUGUUUCACAAAAUCCCGUGUUCAUUGUUGUAUGGUGUGAAUUGAUUUUCAGAGUUCUGAUAUUUUUUGUUUCUGUAAUAAAAGAACUUGAGAAACUCA